GGGCGGUGUCUCUAGGCCGGCCGGCAACAUGGCGGAGGCGGAAGGGGAAAGCCUGGAGUCUUGGCUGAAUAAAGCUACCAACCCUCUGAACAGACAAGAAGACUGGGAAUACAUUAUUGGCUUCUGCGAUCAGAUCAACAAAGAACUUGAAGGUCCACAGAUAGCUGUGAGGUUGCUGGCUCAUAAAAUCCAGUCACCACAGGAAUGGGAGGCAAUCCAGGCUUUGACAGUGCUGGAAGCUUGUAUGAAGAAUUGCGGGCGCAGAUUUCAUAAUGAAGUAGGGAAGUUUCGUUUUUUAAACGAAUUAAUUAAAGUGGUGUCUCCGAAGUACCUAGGUGACAGAGUGUCAGAGAAGGUCAAAACCAAAAUAAUUGAGCUGCUUUACAGCUGGACGGUAGCCCUGCCAGAGGAGUCAAAAAUCAAAGACGCUUACUACAUGUUGAAGAGACAAGGCAUUGUUCCAUCAGACCCUGUAAUUCCUGUGGAGAGAACCCUCAUCCCCUCUCCUCCACCUCGCCCCAAAAAUCCUGUGUUUGAUGAUGAAGAGAAAUCCAAGCUUUUAGCAAAACUGUUAAAAAGCAAGAAUCCAGAUGACUUACAAGAGGCAAACAAGCUUAUUAAGUCUAUGGUGAAAGAGGAUGAGGCACGAAUACAGAAAGUAACAAAGCGCAUGCACAUCUUGGAGGAAGUGAACAACAACGUGAAACUGUUAAAUGAGAUGUUGGUUCACUAUAACAAAGAGGACUCUUCAGAGGCUGACAAGGAGCUCAUGAAGGAGCUGUUUGACAGAUGUGAAACGAAGAGGCGGACAUUAUUCAAGCUGGCCAGCGAGACGGAGGAUAAUGACAGCAGUUUGGGAGAUAUACUGCAGGCCAGUGACAAUUUAUCACGGGUGAUAAAUUCCUACAAAAGAAUUAUUGAGGGCCAAGUCAUCAAUGGUGAAGUAGAUUCUUCUGUGUUGCUUACAACAGAUAGAAGUGAUUCUGCCAGUAACAUCAACACGCUCAUUGACCUGGCAGAACUGGACAUCUCUAGUACACCGCCGCCACCCCCACCAAUGCCUCCAAUGACACUGGCACCAGCACCGACACUAACUCCAGCACCAGCCUCAUCAGAAAUCCCCAUCCUUCCACCUCCUCCUCAGAUGGCCGGUCACUCUCGGAGUCGUUCAUCCAGCCAGGCUGAAGCCACUGCUCCUCAACUGGUCAGCACAGGCAAUUCCUUCUCUUUACUGGAUGAGGAACUUCUCUGCUUAGGCCUGAAUGACCCUGCUCCCACCGCAGCAAAGGAAUCAGCUGAGAGCAAUCAGUGGAACAUGUUCCAGAAUGAACCCAUAGACUUGGACUUCUUGAAUCCAAAGCCAGCUUCUAUUGCCUGCAAUUCUGCAGUGAACCCUCUUCUUCUUGCUGUCUGUGGAACAUCCGCACCUCUAGCUUCCACAUUCACAGCUCCUCAGUCUGUUCCCAGUAUCCCUGUCCCUACCUCAGCCCAUUUUAUAUUUUCUUCUGCACCACCGCUGGGCCCCCCUAAUGCCAUGCCAGUUGCCCCUGGGCAUCCUAGUUCUGCAGUGGGAAGCAGAGGUCUGCACAAGAUGGAUCCGUUGGGACACCUCCUGGAUGAGACUAAAGGGCCUUCAUCCCAAGUAAACGCAACAACUUCCAUGUUCCAUGUAGAGACUGCACUACCUGCUGUGACUUCUUCGCCUCCGAUGUCCUCUACAGGAUUGCCACUCACUACUCCAGGAGUCCCUACAGUUCCGUAUACGAGCAGCUGUGCUACAGGGUCAGGAAGCCCCCUCUUCCAGCCAGCCUUAUUCCCGCAAGGAAGUCCUGUGAAAGGACCCGAGAUUUCUUUGGCCAACAUCCACGUCCCACUGGAGUCCAUUAAGCCCAGCAGUGCUCUUCCUGUGACUGCUUAUGACAAGAAUGGUUUGCGUAUCCUUCUGCACUUUGCCAAGGAGUGUCCACAUGGGCGGCCUGAUGUGCUGGUAGUGGUGGUGUCAAUGUUAAAUACAGCACCCCUUCCUAUCAAAAACAUUGUGCUACAAGCUGCAGUGCCAAAGUCCAUGAAAGUGAAGCUGCAGCCACCUUCGGGGACAGAGCUAGCUCCAUUCAAUCCCAUCCAGGCACCCGCUGCUGUUACCCAGGUCAUGCUGCUUGCAAAUCCUAGAAAGGAGAAGGUGAGGCUGAGAUACCGGCUGACCUUUGUUUUGGGAGACCAGCCCACCACAGAAGUGGGGGAAGUAGAUCAAUUCCCCCCAGCUGAGCAGUGGGGGAACCUAUGACCAAAUGGUAUCCCAAAGGGGUUGGAAUGAAUGUGAAGUAGAAGGGGUAUAUGAGGUACCCAGCAGUGAUAUUUAACUUUGUUCACAUGUCCUAUCCACUCCACCUGUAGCUUUAGUCCAGAAUGUUUCCUGCACUCUGGGGUGAAGUGGUCUGGGGCAUUAAUGCCAAGCAUGAACUUGUGUAGCAAUGAGGAACAGAGGCUUGGCAGGCACUUCUUCUUGGCCAAUCCAGUCCUAUCUUCCAUUUUGUUAAACUUGAAAAUGGUAAUUCUGGAGAACUUUUAAGUAGAAAGGGAGAUGAUUGAUGGUCUCUCUCUUAAUAUUGGACAGAUACCUACAAAGGGCUAUGAUGCCUUCGUAAGCUCCUUUGGGGCAGAGCCCUAAGAGAUGUUCCUAUGCUCCAUUUUUUUACCUCCUUGGUGCCAGAACUAGGACAACCUGUAGGCUUGCUGAGCAAUAACACAGGAUCCAAAAGAGGAGGUUUCUGCCAUGUCCUGACACUCCAUUUUCUUUCUUAGGCAACAUCUAUCUUAAAAGCCAGCACAAACCAUACAGGUGAAAAACAGCCGUGUAGUUUACACUUGUGCCACACAUGAACGUAACACACAGCUUGGAAUCUGCUACCUUUGAUUUUAUACUUCCAAUGGCAAUGUGUGCUUUCCAGGCAGCUGUUAAGUUUUGUAUGCAUAAGUAUGGUAUUUUCCUCUCUGCAUUCAGAAACAGCAUUGCAUUCUUGCGAGGUAAAACCGAUAGGAGUAACAAAGGCAGAACUUCCUCACUGUUCAAGAAGAGAGCAUGGAGAUAAAUUAAUACUGAGAAAGGGAAUCCCAUUUAAACCAGCUCUUAGUCAAGGUCAGAAGUGGUAAAAUGAAGGUCUUGACUAUUCUCCUGAAGGCAGUAUUAUUAGUUAGGAACAUAUGUACAUAAUAAAAGCAAAAGGAAAGCAUUGGGGAGCCUGCAGCUAAGGGAAAAGUGAAGCCAUGACCAUGCAUGUGCUGGACUGAUUGUGCUCUUUUUAUUCAUUCCAAGUGGUUAAGUGCAAUUGUCUCCAGAGGGAGAGAUGCCAGAGAUGUUCAGAUCUCUCUGAACAUGAAUUAUAUUUGUAAGCUGGCACAAAACUGCAUAAGUGAUGUCGCUGCUUUGGAUGUAGUAGUCACUUCUGUCACAAUACAAUUUUAAUAUAAAUAUACUCUCUUUGAGUAUCUUUGAGCAGAUUGCCUAUAUCUACAUAGGCAAUCUGCUAUCUCUUCCUGCCCUAAAUUAACAAUUUUAUUCUACUGUGCAUAGGAGGCUGUGUGGAAAUAAAGUCUGCAAUUGGUUAAGAGUAAUUCAAGGUGAAAUACAUUAAUUGAAAUGUAUACUGUCAGAAAUCACGACAAAAUGGUUACAUGUCUCUUGAAAUAGCAUGUGUAGGCAACGGGGUUAAAUAUUUUAGACACACAACAAGUCAGUAUAAUAUGAGAAGUUCCAGUGGCAGUUGGGAGGGGCCAGAACGAUCCACAAAGAGGAUGUGUGACUGAGAGGACCAAAUAGGAACGGCAAACGGCAGCAAAAUUAACUGAUGAGGAAAGGGUGGCAUUUUAUUCUGCCUCUUGACCUGACCCUCCAUGGUAUUUUAGUCUCCCUGCCACCAGGUUUUUGCUUAGGCUGUUAAGGUUUGCCAGGUGCCAUAGGCUAUCUAUAGAGAACAGGUUUCACUGCAAGUGACUCAAGGAAACCGGGGGGGG